ACAUCAGCGGAGGCACGAGUUCGCGCUGCUCUCGCUGGAGUGUGAUCAGUUUCAGCCGCGUAGCGGGACUCAGCGAGACCUGAUGCACAAGUCAAGGCGACGCGCAGCGGAGAUGAAGCCGGAUUGGCUCUGAUUUUUAAAAGCCCUUUCAUUCAAGAGGCUGUCCAUUAUCAACAUGGCAGAACCGUCGGUUCCAGUACCCCCUCAAAAAAUGGCGUCACUUAGCCGGGUCCGAGCCUUUACUCUGAUUUUCUUAACUGCAAGCAGUUAUUUAAUUACUCCCACAAGUGGCAAGGAAGGAGGGGGAGAGGAGACAGUCAUCAUCGGGCUGAGACUGGAGGACACGGACGACAUUUCCUUCAUGGACAGGGGCUAUCUGCGGGUCAGCGAGAGGUCUGUGGUGAGAUUGAGGGUGUACGGGCAAAACAUCAACAACGAGACGUGGUCCAAAAUCGCCUUCACGGAGCACGAGAGGAGCCGAGUGAUUGGCACCAUCGACAGCUCCUCAGGGGACAACAAGAGUCAGGAGGACACGUCGGGCUCGCACCCCUGUGGCAUCAGGACUUCCGACAUACUCAUCCUGCCCAACAUCAUUCUAAACCGCAAGACGUCUGGCAUCGUGGAGAUCGAGGUCAAGCCUCUGCGAAAGACGGAGAGGAGCAAAGCGUACUACCUGUGCAUCGCCACCUCCACACCUGCUGCGGCGGGCGCGCACGACCCGUGGACGGAGAACACGUGGAUCUAUCACGAUGGAGAGGACACCAAAGUGAUCGUGGUGGAGGAGAAGAAGUUCCUGCUCCCUUUCUGGCUCCAGGUCAUCUUCAUUUCCAUGUUGCUCUGCCUCUCGGGCAUGUUCAGCGGCUUGAACUUGGGUCUGAUGGCGCUGGAUCCCAUGGAGCUGCAGAUCGUCCAGAACUGCGGGACGGAGAAGGAGAAGAACUACGCCAGGAAGAUCGAGCCCGUCAGGAGCCAGGGGAACUACCUGCUUUGCUCGCUUCUUCUGGGGAAUGUUCUGGUCAACACCACCUUGACCAUCCUGUUGGAUGAUAUCGCCGGUUCUGGAUUGAUAGCUGUAGUGAUGUCCACCAUCGGCAUCGUCAUAUUUGGAGAGAUUGUGCCUCAAGCGAUAUGUUCACGACACGGUCUUGCUGUGGGUGCGAAUACAAUCUUCUUGACCAAAUUCUUCAUGCUGCUCACUUUCCCCGCGUCCUAUCCGGUAAGUAAACUGCUCGACUAUCUCCUCGGACAGGAGAUUGGCACGGUGUACAACCGAGAGAAGCUCUUGGAGAUGUUGAGGGUCACGGAUCCCUAUAAUGACUUGGUGAAAGAGGAGUUGAACAUCAUUCAGGGCGCGCUGGAGCUCAGGACUAAGACCGUGGAAGAUGUCAUGACCCCGUUGCGCGAUUGCUUCAUGAUCGCCGGAGACGCCACGCUCGAUUUCAACACCAUGAGCGAGAUCAUGGAGAGCGGCUACACACGCAUUCCGGUGUUCGAGGGUGACAGGUCAAACAUCGUGGACCUGCUGUUCGUCAAGGACCUUGCGUUUGUGGAUCCCGACGACUGCACCCCGCUGAAGACGAUAACCAAGUUCUACAGCCAUCCCUUACAUUUCGUCUUCAACGACACCAAACUCGACGCUAUGCUGGAGGAGUUCAAGAAAGGUAAAUCUCACCUGGCAAUAGUCCAGCGGGUUAACAACGAAGGAGAAGGCGACCCGUUCUAUGAAGUGCUUGGCAUUGUCACCCUAGAGGACGUCAUUGAAGAAAUCAUCAAGUCUGAAAUCCUGGAUGAGACAGACUUAUAUACCGACAACAAAACAAAAAAGAAAAUCACCCAUCGAGAGAGGAAGCAGGAUUUCUCGGCUUUCAAGCACAUGGACAAUGAAAUGAAGGUUAAAAUAUCACCUCAGCUUCUACUGGCUACUCUACGUUUCCUAGCAACAGAAGUAGAAGCAUUUAGUCCAAGCCAGAUGUCCGAGAAGAUCCUUCUACGUCUCCUCAAGCACCCCAAUGUCAUCCAGGAGCUCAAAUAUAAUGAGAAGAAUAAGAAGGCCAUUGAACAUUACCUCUUCCACCGCAACAAGCCUGUGGACUAUUUCAUCCUCAUUCUUCAGGGGAAGGUGGAAGUGGAGGCAGGGAAGGAGGGAAUGAAGUUUGAAGCUGGAGCUUUCUCCUCGUAUGGGAUGAUGGCUCUCACCGCUUCUCCAGUUCCUCUCUCCCUGUCUCGUACCUUUGUGGUCAGUAGGGCUGAGUCUGUUGCUGGAUCUCCAGAAAACAAAUCCCCCCCUCGGUCAUUUGGACUGAACCAUUCUGACUCGUUAAAUCGUAGCGAGCGGAUUGAAGCUAUCACACCGUCACUGGGCAGCAGUAACCACCAGCUCAAUGCCUUCCUGCAGAUAUAUGUGCCGGACUAUUCUGUCAGAGCUUUGUCAGACAUACAGUAUAUCAAGGUAACGCGCCAGCAGUAUCAGAACGCCGUCAUGGCGUCACGCAUGGACAAGACGCCACAGUCCUCAGAAAGCGAGUACACCAAAAUCGAAAUGACUUUGACAGACCUCCAUGAUGGAGUGACCGAUGAAACCACCACUCUGUUCAACCAGACACAGAACUGCGUGGCCCACAACAAGACGAACCACACAGGCCACAGCGAGGGGGCCAUCUAGCCCUCAGUGGGGUGGUGGAGCAAAGCGGAUAGCAGAACCCUGGAGCUGCUCCCCACCCCAAACCACUCCACUCUGGUAGUGCAGUACUACUACAAGGACCUGAGCUUGGGCUGACCCAAGGCAAAAUGGGAUACUCCAGUGACCCGGUCUGGUCCCAUUCAUUCAGAUAAACCACGUUUAUGUCCCCCAGACCAAAGAGUUUGGAGGAUGGACGUUUUUGUGCUCUGACGAGCCCCUCCAGCUACACUCCAGCUUCACAAACACAAAAGAAAUACUCCAGGCAGAUGCUGUGAUAGGGUAAAACGAAGACUGUUCCAAAUACUGCUUUGAAGGAAAACGUGAACCAAGAGCAUUCUACUCACAUAUUUAUUUAUUUUGUAUGCGUUUGUACAUACGUGCAUGUCUGAGGAUAUAAUUGUCGGCACAUGCAAACACCAGUCUGUAAAUUGUGCAUGUGU